AUGCAAGAUGUUACUAAUUGUAUUGCGAAUUGGUCAACUUACAAAAAAUUUGAACUCAACCAGAUAAAAUCCAAGGAGAUUGUGAUUAACUUUCAACGUAAUAAACCUGUUUUCUCGCCGAUAAAGAUAAACGGAAUUAAAGUAGAGCGUGUUGAAAAAGCAACGAUUCUCGGUUUAUUGAUCACUCAAGACAUGAAGUGGAAUGCCCAUGCGGAUAAGAUAACAACUAGAGCAGCGAAGCGAUUGUAUCUGAUAAAACAACUAAAGAGAUCGGGUCUUAGUGACAAUGAUUUAAAAUGUUUCUAUAUUGCUUCUGUAAGAUCUAUCCUUGAAUACGCAUGUCAAGUAUUUCAUUACGGUCUCCCGGAAUAUCUUUCAGACCAAAUAGAGCUGAUUUAG